AUGUCUAUCUCUUGUAUAGGAUCUAGCUAUUUCUACGAAGAGAUUCUACAAAUGGACAAAGCAAGGAUCGAAAAAGCUAGAAGAGCGAAAGCGAUAGCUAUGGAGAUGUUUAAUGCUGGUGCUUUAAAUGCGGCCAAAGAGUUUGCGGUCAAGGCAAAGACUCUUGAUCCUAAUCUUCGUGGUGUUGUCCGUCUAAAUGCAGUGCUUGACGUGCAUAUGGCUUAUGAGAAGAAGAUCAAUGGUGAAGUUGAUUGGUAUGGUAUUUUAUCAGCAGACCCAUCCGAGGAUAUUGAAACAGUUAUUGGACGUUUCACCAUAUUAUCUUCAACCAUUUUCUCUGACAUUGACGACUCUAUUGGUGGCACUGAUGAAGCAACGAAAAUACUUAUGGAUGCCUAUAGACACAUAUCUGAAGAAAAGAACACGCAGGUUCGUGAGAGACCCGAAGCUCAACCUUCAUCAAGAGUUCGGUUUGAAAAUGCUGAUUCUCCAUCGGGAGUUACUGGUCCUGUAAACCAAUCAGGGGUGAUAAAUGGAGGAGAAAGAAAACGAAAGGAGCCUUUAUCAACAAAUGACCUUCAUGUUCCUCAGUUAAGAAGAAUCAGCGAAGACAACGCAGGGAUCAGAGGUGAUACGCACGAGCUUACUCCAAGUUUGGUUCAAAUUGCUUUGGAUGCAGAGACGAGUCUUGACAUGUACGUUCCCGCUUCUCAUCAAUACAAGAAUAUUGGUGCAUCGUCUUCCGGAACAAAAACACUUCAAGAGGAAUGGGAAGAAGAGAAAAGAUUAAAGGGUAUUAGUGAGGAGGACCUUGAUAUGGUAGAUAUGAGUCUCCUAGAUACUGAAUUUAACAAUGUUCCAGCUCAUGAGUUCUACAAUUUUGAUGAAGACCUGAUGGAAGGUUCUCAACACAACAACGUUGGUGCAGCUGCCGGAACAUUUCAAGACUCCCACAGUGGUGAUGGAGGGGAAGGAGUAGAGAUUGUUAACGAGGAGGAGGACCCUAAUUUGGUAGAUACGAAUGUUCCAGAUAAUGACUUCUACAAUCUUGAUGAAAACCUGAUGGAAGGUUCUCAACACAACAACGUUAGUGCAGCUGCCGAAACAUUUCAAGACUCCAAUAAUGGUGAUGGAGGGGAAAGAGUACAGAUUGUUAAAAAGGAGGAGGACCCUUAUGUGGUAGAUACGAGUGUCUCAGAUCCUGACUUGUACAAUUUUGAUGAAGACCUGAUGGAAGAUUCUCUAUGCAACAACAUUGGUGCAGCAGCAGCUGUCGAAACAUUUCAAGACUUCUACAAUGGUGAUGAAGGGGAAGGAGUAGAGAUUGUUAAUGAGGAGUACUACGACCCUUAUGUGGUAGAUAUGAGCGUCCCAGAUCCAGACUUCUACGACUUCGACCAAGAUCGAACCAAAGAUUCCUUUCAAGAAAACGAGGUAUGGGCUCUUUAUGAUGAAUAUGGAAUGCCAAGAAUUUAUGCACUGGUGCAUAAGGUUGUCUCUCGGGAACCGUUUAAGCUGCGCAUGUCUUGGCUUAACAGCAGGAAAAAUGACGAACUGGGUCCAAUGAAAUGGAUCGAAUCAGGUUACUACAAGACGAGCGGAAACUUCUCAAUUGGGAAACGAAGUGUGUGGGCACUGCCGGAAUGGAACGUCUACACUUCACCGGAAGAAAUGAACCAUUACGACAUGGUAGAAGUGCUGAAAGAUAUUGAUGACGAAGGAGGUGUGCAAGUUGCACCACUUGUUAAAGUCGCAGGACUCCGCACCGUAUUCAAAAGGCAUAAAUCGUGGAAGAUAUACCCUAGGGGAGAACUCUUCAGGUUCUCUCACCAGGUGUCUUUUAAAAUAAUUACUGGUGAAGAAGGUCCGGAUGCACCAAAAGGUGGCUUGGAACUUGAUCCAGCAGCUAUGUCACCGGAUCUUUUCAAAGUUUUCACUGAGGAGGAGAUGAAAGAAGUUGAAAAAGCAAUGGAAAGGAGAGCAAGCUGA